AUGCGGUUCUUGUGUUUGCACGGCCGAGGCACUAACGCGGAUAUACUAGAGGCCCAGCUCGCACCCUUGUGUCUUCGUUUGAGCCAGCACACUUUUGACUUUAUCGACGCCCAAACUGUCUGUUCGGCUGCCCCGGGAAUUUCGGGUCUUUAUCCACCGCCGUUUUUAUGCUGGUACAAGCACGGCCGCGCUGAUGAAGUUACCGCUGCACUGGAUUAUUUGUGUACCAUAAUAGACGAGGAUGGGCCUUAUGACGGGUUGAUUGGAUUUUCGGAGGGCGCUGCGCUAAUCGCCAGCCUGUUGCUCUGCGACGAACAAGCGGGUCGUCCUGCACGCGUCCGGAUAGCUGCGUUUUUCAAUGCUGUUAUGCCGUUAAUCCCCGACCAUUUGGUCGAGACGAAACACGAAGCAUUAAAUUCCCUGAGUGAGGUUGUUCGCGGGCAUGAAGAGCACUAUCGCGCUCUACUUCAGGCCGAUGAACAAAAUAAUAAUUCUUUGAUGUCUCAGGCGCGUUGUUUUGCGCCGACAGACCCACUGCGGAUCCCCAUCUCCACCGUUCAUGUGAUCGGCAACCAGGAUCCUUUCUCGCCCUCAUCUCAGAUGGUUUCUGAACUGUGUCGGUCAGAGCGGUCGCAUGUUCUUCGGCACGAGGGUGGCCACACCUUACCACAGGCUAAAGAUGUACUUGACCAAUGUGCCGAGCUCAUCGAGACGGGAGCUUUACUUUCAUCAUUAGACAUCUGA